AUGAAUGGUAAAAAGUUUGUGGAAUCACAUUUUCAUAAAUAUCUGACAGAACACUUGAAUGCAGAAAUUGCAUUGAACACAAUACAAAACUUCGACAUUGCAAUGAAUUGGAUACGUUCGACGUUCUUUUACGUGAGAGCAGUGCGAAAUCCUUCGUCUAAAUACGAACUACAACCACGAAUGGACAAAGAUCUUAUUGAUAGGAAGAUUGAAGAAAUGUGCUUACGACAGAUCAAGGAACUUCAAAAAAACGGUUUAGUAAUACUGAAUGGAAUGAAUCUUCAGACUACAGUUUAUGGAAAAUUAAUGUCUAAAUAUUACUUGUCUUUUGAGACAAUGAAGCUAUUUCGACAGAUUAAGGGUUCCGAAACAUAUUUAGAGACCAUAAACACAAUUGUAAAAUGCAAAGAAUUUUCUGAUUUUGUUAUUAGAGCUAAUGAAAAGGGAAUCUUGAACCAACUAAAUGGAAGUCCUAUUAGAUUUCCUAUUCGCGGUCGCAUUAGAUCUAACGAAGAUAAAAUAUCUUGUUUGAUUCAAGCUGUUUUUGGUAAUCUUACAUUGCCAACUCCUGCACUGAUUCAGGAAUCCAUAAAAAUAAUACGCAUCGGUGAUCGGCUAUCAAAAUGUUUACUGGAGUAUUUGCGACUUAGACAAUCGAAUGAUUCAAAAUUUCGUUGCUACAAGGCAUUGCUAAAUGCCCUGACGAUUGUUAAAUGCUUUCAUGCCAAAUUGUGGGAAAAUUCAGAGUUCGCUUCGAAACAGAUAAGAAAAAUUGGUGCUGUGCACUCAAGUUUGUUGGUGAAUGCGGGAAAAACCACUAUAAAAUCAAUAUCUGAGACAGAUGCACGUACAAUUGAGUCGAUAUUAAACUUAUCUGCUCCAUUCGGUAAUGAGUUAUUGCUUAACAUUAUGAUCACAUAUCCAACAUAUUUGCUUGAUAUAUCAUUGAAAUCAGAAAAUGUGAUACAAGUUCAUUUAAAGCAACUUAAUGAAGAAUACAUCUAUAUUGGUUCUCACACUGUACUGAUAGUCGGUGAUUCAUUGAAUAAUUUAUUAUUAUAUGAGGAAAAUGUGUAA